GCUGACGAGACUCCAGAGAACCAGGCAAUGAUUAUUAUUAAAGGUUUGUUUCCAUCAUUUAUGGCAGCCUUGUGCAUCUCUAACAGUUUCAGUGGGAGAAUCAAUAUUGUUUACUUAUAGAUAUGUGAUUAAUGUAUUUCCCUAAUGUCUUUUCAACUUGUUUUAUUAUAGCUUCACAAGACUGCCCCUUCAAUGUUACGGCUUUUUAUCACUAUCAUUCGCAGAGCUUCCUUUAUCCCUCGACAGGCUGGGUUCUCAUUCACUGGUUUUGAGGUUUUACUUCAGGCUGUAGAAAAACCACUUAGAAAUCCUGUGGGUCCUCUCCUCGCUGUGGCUAGAAUAGUAUCCAAUUACAAAGCCUACAAAGAGACCAUGUUAAUGCGAAGACCCAAAGCAGCAGGGAUCACCAUGACAACUAUCAUGUUUCCAAAUCCUCGCCUCUCAUCUUUUGAGGUUCAUCAUGGAAGUAGUAAUGGACACCCACAGGUGACUGUUGCUGGCCUUCCUCCACAGCAGCCAAGAUGGAACCAUCUCUUCCUGUUUCAAGGUAGAGACUGUGCCACUAUCUUCACAGAUGGGUCUGCACUCAUUCUGGAGUACUAUGCUGUAACUACAGUAAUGAACGUAGUUUUCUGGAAUGUCUGCAGUCCACUGGGUUUCUCAGCAUUGCCACUGAACCAGGAAGUGUAUAAACAGCUUGUGUCAGAGAGUGGCAAGGAUGGUGUUCAGUUGGAGAACCUACCGAUUCAGGGUACUAUCUUGAAAACAACUUCCAACACUAUUCCAACAGUGGGUCUUCUUCUGCAUCUUGUUGUCUCAGAGAGACCAGAUUCCUUCCUACCUGAUACAAAUCUCCAUGGGCUCCCAUUUCUUCAGCUGAAGCCCUUCUCACAGUUGUACCACAAAGCAACAGGGGUGGCUAAAGUUCCUGAAGGAUACCCCAUGCCGUCCACUAAAGAUGAAGGAUCAUUGUAUGCAGCUGUACACAAAGUUGAACCUUCCAACACUGAGCUUCAAAAAGAUGGUGCCUCCCUCCCAUCCCAUGACGCACUUGCAAAAUUGCUUCCAGAAUAUGAACAUUUAUUUCGAGUUCAAGGUCCAUCAGAGUGGAAACAAACUGAACAGAAUGAGGACCCUAGACCCCAACAGACAGAGGAGCUCAGAAAUGUGGAGAACGGGGGUGAAACAACAAGGCACAUAGAUUUCGAGCUUGAGCCAAGAGAAGUAACCAGCCAUGAGGUUAAGGAGCUGGAAAAUUACCGGGCUGCUAUGCAGAAGAUGGCAGAAGAUAUCAUCUCUCUACGGCAACACCUCAGCAGCCUUGAGUCUGAAAAUAGCAAGUUGAGAAGUGAACUGAGUUUACACGAGGAUGUGGGCCGAACACUACUGGAGGACACAGACAUUGAUGUAAUGACAAAGGCUGAAAUAGCUGACAGAAUAGCUUCCCUAAGACACAAACUGGCCAGUGAGACUGCUGAAAUGCAACAAUUCAAGAACAAAAUACAGCAGCUGCAAAAUGAGCUAAUUCGGAAGAAUGACAGUGAGAAGGAACUCCUGUUGUUACAGAGAGCUCACCAGCAGCAGCAAGCAGUACUUGAGAAAUACCAGGAGAAGCUACGUCGAGCAAAAUUAUUAGAGGACACUAUACGGCAGCAGGAGAAGGUAAUAGAUAAGAUGGAGAAAGUGUUAGAAAGCAAACUGAAACAGAAACCACAGGAAAAGCCAAGAGGGUCUAAACGAAACCAAGCAUCUGCAGAUGCUGAACAUAAAUGGAAUGAGAUAAAUUCAGCUCUUACCUCAGAGAACAGCCGGUUGCGAAAUGAGCUAGAGAAACUACGUUCACAGCCACCCGUACCAAUCAUCCUGCAACAGGAGUCGCACCAAGUCCAGGAUCUAUUUUCUGACUCAGAAAAGCUGAGUUUAUUAACCAAACUUGAACGAGCUCAAGGGAGGAUAGAACUGUUAGAAUCUCAGCUUGAAGAAAAUGCUCGUAAAUGGGGUAGAGAAAAGCAAGAACUUCUUACCAGACUGAUGGAACAAGAACAUGGCUUUGCACGAACCUCCACAAUGGUUCUACAUGACUUCCCCCUGCAAUAUUUUUUGAAAGUGACAGUAUGUAUUUACUUCUUUACUAGAAGAAAGCAUCAGAUUCCUUGAUGACUCACAGCCGACACCGCAAACUUGAACCACUGAUAUGAGUUUGAUGAGAAGGAAUUUUCUGAGUGCUCCUCCUGCUUCCAAUACAGACAUUGCCCACAAUUUGUUACAAAGGCUGGAAGCAUAAAAAGCAGAUAGUUUUUGUACUUCAAACUCCAGAAGGAAAUUAUACCUUGAAACCUGAGCUGUGGAAGUUAAACGAAUAUUCAGGAAGACUCUUUGCUGUGAAAUAAUGAGCAUUUUCAUUUCACUUAUAGUAUUAAGUUUUUUUUCUGUAUUAUCAGAACUUGUUUACUGAAAAGUAAAUGAAAAAUUCAAAUGUAUUAGAGGUGUGGCAUGACCAAUAUCCGUGUACUAAAUGAGGGAAAAACUAAAACUCAGAGUUGGUGUUAGAGGCAUUGCUUGCAAUGAGACUUCAGACUGCAUUUUCAAAAAUCUGGCAUGCAUUAAAAGGUAUUUAUGACUAUACUUUUUGGUAUGUAUGUGUUCCACCCCAAUAUAGUGUCAGCUUAGAUGUGAGCUUUGCUGUCUAUAGCAAUAAAUAUGAACUCAUUUGGUGUAAGGUAUGAAAGAAUGAAAAAAAAAAUAGUAUAACAUAUCAGUAAGUAAAGAAAAUAAAACAGCAUUGUUUUAAAAGAAAUGUGAAUCAAGUACAUAGUAGCUUGACUGAGUGUUAUUAGAAAAUGUAUUCAAGAUAGAUGGCUUUAAUUUUGUAUCACUGGAGGAUGGCUUCUACCCUGAAAUGCCUUUCUGGCAGGUGCAGUUGUACUCAGGUAUACAUGGCAUUGUCGGGGGCUGUAUAUGGCAACUCAUUCUUCUGAGGGCAAAGUGCAUAUUAAUAUUUACAAGUAUGUGACUAAUGCCACUAAGUAAGUUAAGCGAGAUAAUAUGGCAGACAUUUUACAAAAGGGAUUCAUUAUAUCUCCGUGUUACCACAUUAUUUAUGGUGCACAUUGUGUAAGAAGGAACAAGUGAGGCAUGUCUCUUUUAAACGUAUAAUGGAUAAUGAAUAUAUGCACUCGUAAAACAAUUCCUGCAUAGGUCAUGUAAGAAGUUAAAAAGGAGUACAAAAUAUACUUGUAAAAUGGCAUCACAGAUAAGAGGCAUUUGAAAAUGAGAUUAAGGUACACCAAGCAAUGAGAACAAAGUAUGGUUAUCAUGGCAACCUUCACUGGCCUUGUUAGGAAGGCAGCCAUCAAUUACCUUACUAGUAUGGUAGUCUUCAGUGACCUUACUUACAUGCUGGCCCUCACUGACGAAAUAUCAGGUAAAUUAAGUGGCGAGAAAAGACUGGAGAAAUAAAUCAGAAGAUAAUAUUCAUGUGACUUCUAUAGCAGUGAAGAGGGGAAAGAGCAUGGAUAACACAUGCAUUUCUGUAGGAGAACAUGUUAAGAAAUGGCUAUACAACAGUGAGAAACAGUCUUCAUAAGCAAGGAGUAUAGGCAAAGCUAGAAUCCCUUUGAAAAGUUAACGUAGUUGUGGUUUGUAGCACAUAGUUGAGAGUUUCCAUAGCUGAUGGCCAUUCAUGAGACCAGCACUGGAAUUCCUAAAACUGUCACAGUAAAUUAUUUCUGCAUUAAUUAAAAACAAAAGAAAAUGAAGCAUGUGUCAAUGUUUCUGAUAAGCAGUCCUUUAAAAUAUAAUUUAUGAAAUGUUUGAUCAAUUUGGUUAUAACAGCUAAUUAAUGUUGAUGGCAUGGCAUGUACUUAAAAUGUGCUAGAGAUCAGUUUUACAUUGAAUUGAUAUUUGUAGUCAAAUGUCUCACUAGAUCUCAUUUUUAGUAAUGAAGACCUUGCACUUUUUAUUGUUUCAAACAUUUUGGAAAAGUAAAACAAUGUUAUAAUAAGGCUAUGUAUUUUAAUGUUAUUUAACAUGGUAAUGAAGCCUUAGAGCAUUUUAAGAUAAUGCAUUUGCCACCUAACAUCACAGUGAAUUGCAGAACCAUGAUAAGUUAGAUGUAUUAGAAAGUCUUGGAAUAAAUACUUUUGCAAACAGCAGGAAAAUGGAUGUCACUAAAGCAAUGUAGUGGUAAAUGAAAUAUUUAUUUUUGUAAGAGUGGUGAAUAUAUAGAUAGUGUUUCACAAAAGAUAAUAGAAACUGUUAAAAAUUAUGUCAUUUCUAACAACCGGAAUGACAAGUUAUGUUUGAAAGCAACAUUUUCCUUUGAUUUUUCUGCAUAGUAACAACAGUAAAGAGACAAACUGGAUGAAUAUAAUAUUCCUGCAAUUCUGUUAAUUGCUAUCUUUCUGUGAAACAACAGCAUCAAAUAUAAAUUGUAUAUUGGGUGAUAUUGUUCAACAGUCUUCAAAAUCAAACCACUGAUACAAAAGUAACAAUUGUUUUUUUGGUUUCAGGAGGACAUUCACUCCAGUUCUGACUCUAGAUUUUAGGACUUCUUUACUGCAAACAUCUGCACAUCUUGUACGUUAAAUCCAUUCUGCCCAUCCUUGCUCUUCUAGAUUUCACAGAGGGGAAGAGUAGUAGAGAUUAUGGAGGGGGCAAUAGGUAACCCUAUGGUGGAAUAGGAGGGUAAAGAGACAUAAGAAGCUACAGAGCAGAUUUUUGGGUAAUUGAUCAAGAACCUGGAGAGGUUGAAAUGAUGAGUGAAAGAUGAUGGCUAGAAAGAAUAAAAGAAAAAUUCUGGAGGUAUGUGGUAGCAGAGGCCAAAACUUAAACAUAAAUUAUGAAGACUAGUAAAAGAGGACAGAGGAUGCCCGAGGGCUGAGUUAGACUUGACCAUAUUGUAAGGAUGGUCCGUGACAUCCUAAGACUCAACUUCACUAUAUGGUAGGGAUGGUCUGUGACAUCCAAAGAUGCAGCUUCACCUUAUUGUGGGGAAGGUCUGUGACAUCCAAAGAUGCAACUUUACCUUAUUGUAGGGAUGGUUUGUGACAUCCAAAGAUGCAACUUCACCAAAUGGUACAGAUGGUCUGUGACAUCCAAAGAUGCAGCUUCACCUUAUUGUAGGGAUGGUCUGUGCCAUCCAAAGAUGCAACUUCACCUUAUUGUAGGGAUGGUCUGUGACAUCCAAAGAUGCAACUUCACUAUAUGGUAGGGAUGGUCUGUGACAUCCAAAGAAGCAACUUCACCUUAUUGUAGGGAUGGUCUGUGACAUUCAAAGAUGCAACUUCACCAUAUGGUAUGGAUGGUCUGCGACAUCCAAAGAUGCAGCUUCACCAAAUGGUACAGAUGGUCUGUGACAUCCAAAGAUGCAGCUUCACCAUAUGGUAGGGAUGGUCUGCGACAUCCAAAGAUGCAGCUUCACCAUAUGGUAGGGAUGGUCUGUGACAUCCAAAGAAGCAACUUCACCUUAUUGUAGGGAUGGUCUGUGACAUUCAAAGAUGAAACUUCACCAUAUGGUAUGGAUGGUCUGCGACAUCCAAAGAUGCAGCUUCACCAAAUGGUACAGAUGGUCUGUGACAUCCAAAGAUGCAGUUUCACCAUAUGGUAGGGAUGGUCUGCAACAUCCAAAGAUGCAGCUUCACCAUAUGGUAGGGAUGGUCUGCGACAUCCAAAGAUGCAGCUUCACCAUAUGGUAGGGAUGGUCUGUGACAUCCAAAGAUGCAGCUUCACCACAUGGUAUGGAUGGUUUGUGACAUCCAAAGAUGCAGCUUCACCAUAUGGUACAGAUGGUCUGUGACAUCCAAAGAUGCAACUUCACUACAUGGUACAGAUGGUCUGUGACAUCCAAAGAUGCAGCUUCACCAUAUGGUAAGGAUAGUCUGCGACAUCCAAAGAUGCAGCUUCACUACAUGGUAAGGAUAGUCUGCGACAUCCAAAGAUGCAGCUUCACUACAUGGUAUGGAUGGUUUGGAACAUCUAAAGAUGCUUCCUGCUGUGGGACCAUAGCUGGAUCAGAUGGCUCCACCCAAUGGUUUUACACUGAGGCAUAAGGAGGUUAGAAGAUGCUGGGAAAAGAGAGAGGGAAGAAGGAGAGGCUCUUGGAGUUAAAGAUGAAGCCAAAAUAUAAAUACUGGGAGGAGUUCACUUGGGCUUUACCUCUUUAACUACUUCUCUUCUGCUGCUGUUACCAUUAUCUCUCCCUCUUCCUUCACUUCUUCAUCUUUAUCUGCUUUCGUACCUUUACCUGUUAUCAAUUACCUUUAGGUUCUUUCUGCAUAUAUAAUCUCUUGAUUACAAUUACAAUCUGUUAUUUCAUCCUUUGAGGAUGUAACACUGUCUCGUAUUAAGUUCUGUGCUGCUUUGAUCAUGGGAUAAUCAUAUUUGUAAUGUUGUCAGUAAAAUCUCUCUGAGCUGUGCUAUUUUACAGUACAUUACUUUUUAUUGACUAGCUCUGUAUUUGUGUCGUUUAUGGACCAAGUGUAUAACUGUGCUUUUGCACUCAGGUAAUGGCUGAAAAUGUUUCAAGGACAAGCCCGCUUAUCUGGUCAACGAAUUUCAAAUAAACUAAUAAAGGAAAUUAAAUACAUUA